CGUCGCGCGGGCGGCUGAGGAGAAAUGGCGGGAAGGGCGUCCGCUCCCCGUUAUCAGCGUCUCGGCCGGAGAGGGGAGACCGAAGGUCGCCGGCAAGGAGAGGGGGGGAAGACACGCUCCGCUCCUCCGCCAGCACCCCGAAACUCCAAGGAGACACCGGCCUCCCUUUCCCCCCCGCCCUCACCCCGUCUCCUCCAUGGGGAAGCGGCGCCGGUGAGGAGAACCGCCCCCCUGCGCCGCCGCCGUCCGGAAGAGGGGAGCGAAUAAACACCCACCCCCAAAAAAAAAAAAAAAAAAAAAAAAAAAAAACAACAAACCAACAAACACCCGGCCCGGCCGCCAUGACGGAAGCCGCCCGGCAGCGGGGUUCCCCCCCGGAGAAAGGGGACCCCCCCGGAAAAGAAGAUGGAGGAGGAGGAGGAGGAGGCGCGCGUGGCCUUGAAGAAGGAGAUCGGGCUGCUCAGCGCCUGCGGCAUCAUCGUGGGUAACAUCAUCGGCUCGGGGAUCUUCGUCUCCCCCAAAGGGGUGCUGGAGAAUUCGGGCUGCGUGGGGCUGGCCCUCCUGGUGUGGGGGGCGACGGGGGCGGUGACGGCGGUGGGGGCCCUCUGCUACGCCGAACUGGGGGUCACCAUCCCGCGCUCCGGCGGGGACUACGCUUACGUCAAGGAGAUCUUCGGGGGGCUGGCGGG